AAUAAAUUAGAGUAUUAAAUAAUAAAUAGUUUGCAUGUUAAAGAAUAUUGUUAUGUAUAUAUACUAUGCGUCAAGUUGUUGCAUUAUUAUUAGUUUUGUUUUUUAAACGCACUAUUAUUGUAGACUUAGCCCAGUUUCAUUCCGUCGUCGUUCUAUUGCGUGCACUAACGUUUUGUCCAACAUAAAUUAUAAUCGUAACCAUAACAGCUGAGGAGUGUACUCUGUGCAAUUUUGUUUCACCAUUGUGUUCCUUAUCUUCGGUUUUGCACUUUUUGCGCAUUGUUUUGCAAUUUUAAUUCGCGAACGCAGGCCAUUCUCAUUCAAAAACUAGACAUGUAAGGCCGUCACGAUGGAAUUCAUACACGCUGGUGCGUUGCCGUCCGGCAGGCGCCAAUAAAAAUGAUUUUAAAUCAACCGUUUUCAUACUAAACGACUCGUGUGUUAUUGCAAAGUGCAAUAUAUAAAGUAUAACAAUGUACUUAUGACAAUAUAUUUGGCUACAGAAGUUGUGGUAACAGGAAGAUAUUGCAUGAUUAGAUCUGUUUUCUAAAUAAACAUAUCAUCUUUUAUUAUGGAAAACCUUUUAGUUUACCAUGUUGACAUCGGAAGAUGGAUUACAUGUGACUUUAGCAUGCUCAAUAAAACAGUAUCUGAAUUAAAGUUACAAAUUGAAAAAAAGACUGACAUCCCGGUGAACAAGCAAGUUUUGCUAGUCAGUGGUGGAGGCCAUCUAGACCCAUUCAAGGCCGUUUCAUGUUAUUGUGCCGGUACUGAUACAAGCCCAUUUUUUUUGUUUAGCAAAAGACUAAUUGAUCAUCCUGAACCACCUUCUGCUUAUUUUGACACUCGACCAGAUACAGACUUUAUAAGAGAACACCAUAGGACUCAAGGAAUGCCACCUACAAUAGAAGCAUUAAAUGUUAGAGUUUCUCUAGCACAACAAUAUAGUGAAAAUGCUCAAUAUAAUUUAAAUUGUAUAGAUAUCCUUAUCAAUGAUCAACAUAUGAUGCAUCAAGGUUGGUCAGCAGCUGUUGCAAAUAUGCUUGAUACAGUAGAAAAGUUUAAAAUUAAAGCUGAUAUAUUUGAAAAUGAUUUUAAACGAUAUCUCAAUGGACGAGAAGACAGUAUUAAUUUACUUAACAAUUUUAAUGAUAUUUUGAUAGAAAUAUCAAAAAUUCCUAUGCUACCAGCUCUUUUAGAAAAUAAUUCUGAAGAACGAUCACGAAUGGAUAAUUCGACAGUUGAUGUAAAAAAUAUAGUUCAUCAGUCAUUACUUGAAUGGGUAACAGCCCGGCAAGGACUAUCAAAUUUGGAACAUAUAGUUGAACAUUGUGAAAAUAGUUUAAAACAGUUUGACGAAGGAAUGUUAAACGCAGUUUUACAAGAAGUAUCUGCCAUGAACGAAUGCUCUAGUCGAAGUGAUUGUUCUGAAAUUAAAGGACUGGAACAUAGGUUAUUUAAACUGUCCCAAAUGAUGGAUGAAAGUAAACGAUUAGCAACAGAACAAUAUAAUCUUGCCGAUAACAUAAAAAUGAAUCAUGCAAAAGCUGCUAAUGAAGGUGAUGUAUCAGUUAUUAGUGUGUUGUUAGCAUCUCAUGAUAAGCAAUUAGAAAUGAUGAAUAAAAAUGAUUUGCGGUUGUGUGAUAUUAGAAAUAGAAGUAUUUUAGCAAAACAAGAACUUUGCAAUAAUCUACACCCACGACUUAAGUGGUUAAUUGUUAUAGAAAAUAAAGUUAGUGAUGUUGAAGCUAUUAUGCUGUUAUAUAGUGACAGUAUAAAAUUGACUCGUGAAUAUUUGGAUGUUGUUGAACAGUUACAUAAUACACCAACACUUUAUUUUAAUGCAGUUGCUGAAGUUGUUAGAAGACGCAUAUUUUCUCAAGCAUUGCUUAUUUGGUCUAGUGAUCUUGCUUGUCAUAUGAUGGCACGUCAUUCAGAUGAAAUCGCUAAACGCAAAAAUUUUCAAUCUCAAUUUGAAGGUCACUUCUUAAGCCCACUGUUUCCUGGAUUAGAAGAUAUGCCACCAGCAUUUGCGACACAAGCACCUCCAAUAUUUGAUUAUAACUUACCAAAACUUUGUUUAGAAGAUUUAGAUAUUUUAAUCAAACAAUUGCCUGAAAUAGCCCGUGUAACAUCAGUACCUAAUUUUAAUGCAAUAACUCAGUUCUUUUUAUCGAAAUCCAUACAAGAAGAUGGCACACUAGCUAUUGAAUGUAAUAAUGAUCGUAGAUCUGUAGCAAUGGAUACAAGUAAUCUAAUGUUAGGAGAUAUGAAUACUAUAGAAGAGAAACUUAAUGAAGUAAUGACAGCAGUUGGUCUUGGAUCUUGUAAAAUUGAUAUGCAGCUGGAAUCAGAUGUCAUUAAAAGAACACAUUCAGAAAUGGAAAAUGACAGCUAUAAUCCAGAUAGUUUUUUAUUACCACACAAGUAUAUUGGAAGCCAUCAAGAACAUACAGUAAAGUUAUUGAAGAAGAGUCUAUAUUCAUUGGAAAAUGUAGCUAAUAUCUCAAUUAAUAAAUUGCGAUCAGAUUUAAAUAUAUUUAAACAAUUUAUACUUCAACAAAAUUUAGAAAUUAAUAUGUUUACUAAUGAUUUACAAUCAAAAUAUGACAUUCAAACUUCUCAUAUACAACAGCUUAUUCAAUAUGUCGAAGAAAGUAAACGUGAGUUGGAUCGUAUGAGAAUAAGAAUAAAUGAGCUAGAAUCGCUUGUAGAAAUGCACAUAAAAAGCGAAGAACACGAACGUCAGCUACGGUUAAGAAUGGAGAGUGAAAGAGAUGAGUGGUUACAACAAGGAUUAGAGCAUGCACGGAAAGAAAUAACCAAUCAGUUAACAAUGUCACAUAAAAAAGAUCUAGAAAUGAUGCAUGUGCGUUUUAAAUUAGUCACUCAAGCAACUAAUAUGGAACGUAGUUCAAGUGAACAAAGCUUAGAAAAGAAUAAGAGAUGUGAUGUUAUUGAACUUGUUAAUCAUGAAGCAAUGAUGGCCCAGCUUAAAGAAGACUUGUUAUUAGAAAAAGAGCAAGCUAUACAGGAAGAACGAAAGCAGUGCGAACAAAAAAUAGCUCAGGAACGACAACUGAAAUGUGACGAAAAAAAGGAUGAUCAAGUAAUUUGCUUUUGGGGUGACAGCAAGAAAAAUACAGACGAUAAAAACAAGUCUUUUAAAUAUUUAAAAGAGAAAAGUGCAAAUGAAUUAAGGUUAAGUACAUAUGUUUCAAAACCAAGAUCAAAUAGCUUUGCUGUAUCGGAAUGGGAUAUAGAUUCUAGUUCAGCAUCAAGCAGCGUUUUUGUGGAUUUGAAUAAAAGUUCAAGUUCUGAAUCUGAUGAAGGAAAACUUUCUGUCAGCUCUUGCAAUGUUGGAGACUACGUUUUGGUUGUAUGGGACUCUAUUUAUAGAAACUAUGUUGUAUAUCAAGAAAAUAAAAGAAAUCUGGUAUUUUUACAUCCUGACAGCAUAGACAACUUAUUUUUAAAACUUGGUUCUGAUGAAACACCAAAAUUACAGCACUUUUCUGCAGAAGUAAUACAAAAAGAAUACUGCCAAGCAGUGAAGGAGGACAACAGAUAUAAAGUUAAAAAAGGAAUGAAGUUUUAUCGAGUAAAAAUACAAUUGCUCAAAGUGCCAAACCAUCGACGAGAAGUAUCAACUUCAGAUAGUUCAUCUGUCUCAGUGACUUACGUUCAAUAAUUGAAAAACAACUGUGUGAUAUAUAGAAAUAGUUUAUGAUUAAUUCAAUACUCAACCUAAUUAGAAAGUUUUAAAAUAAAUAUUUUGCUUUCCAUAAAAUAAAAUGUAGUGUUAGGUUAUUUAUGUCACAAAUAUAAACUAAAUUGUGUAGAAUUGGUUCUUUUUAUUACAUAACUGAUUUAAAUUUUAUA